AUGAAUUCUGUUCUUGGUCUUACUUCGAAGAAUCCCAGCUGGGAUCUAAACAAAAGUAAAUUUGAAGAAAUUGAUGACCUACCCUUCAUGGCAUCUCUUGGGCCAGUGCUCACUAUUCUAGCUGUAUACUUAGUAUUCGUGAUGAAGAUUGGCCCAGUAUUCAUGAGGAAACGACAAGGAUAUAAACUGACAUACACAUUAUUAAUAUACAAUGCUGUACAAGUGGCUAUAUCUGUUUAUUUGGUGUACAGAUUUUUCAUGGACUUAUUAAUGAUGGGCUUAGUACCAAGACACUGUUAUAUGGAUGAGGGCCCCUCUCGGAGCAGGAUUCUAUUCAGUACAUACCUUUAUUGGACUGCGAAACUUACCGAACUUUUAGACACGGUAUUCUUCGUGUUGAGAAAGAAGGACAAACAGAUUACCUUCUUACAUUUAUACCACCACACUGUAAUGGUUAUUGGCACAUGGGCUUUGCUCAAAUAUUGGCCAUCUCAUACACUCGUAUUCAUUGGCUUCCUCAACUCCUUAGUGCAUGUGUUUAUGUAUACGUACUACGGAUUGGCAGCGUUGGGACCAAAUGUGGCCAAAUAUUUGACGUGGAAAAAACACAUGACAAAGUUCCAGUUGGUAAGUUACAACAUAAAGUAA